AUGGUUUGGAAGCUUCUCCUGGCAGAGAGUGUGCGCUUCAAGGUCGCAGGCGUCAUCCUCCUCACCUAUGCAGGGCUAUGCCUUUGCUGGCUGUGGCCGAUGGUGUUGGGGACCUUCAUCUCAGCACUGCGGGAGGGCAACGCCAAGCACCAGAAGAAGCUGGUGGCUGAAGCCCGCGCAUCUGCUGAGAUGACUGUCACUGGCCUCAUCGAAAUGUUCGAGGAUGUGGUCGGAACAAGCAAAGAACGAUUCAUCUCGAUUGAUGACUUCCGGGAUCUUCAGGAUGUGCACCCAGCCUUUCGGAGGCUGAUUGGCGGCGGACAAAAAGGCAGGACUGGUGCUGCCCUCGCUGAUGUCAUCUUCAGAGAGAUCGAUGUAAUGGGGCACAACUUCUUGACCCUGCCCGACUUUGUUGUCGGAGUGCUGAAGCUCUUUCGGGUGACACCGCGCCCUGAGUUUAUGCACACGGACGAGCAGCAGAGAAGAGCCUUGAAGACCUUCAAGAAGGUUGCUGACAGUAAUCGAUUUAGCUUCUUGGUCAUGUUCAGGUAUUUGUCUGAGUGCUCGCGCCUGAUGACGACGCUGCUGCAGUCAAGCUCAUCGAUGAUACGAGCAGAGGUUCGGUCUCCGCGCGCCACCGAGACGCCACGGACAUCGUUGGCGGCCGUUGGGUUAGAGGAGGACGCUGCCAUCCGGCGAUGGUUCCGCACGAAGGUUGAGGAUGACCGCCAAAUCAUGACACGGCUGGAUGACUUGGAGCGACGCAUUCAAGGCCUCCGAGAGAGGACCUUUGGAGCUGAAGGGAAAAUCCAGGAGGCCUUCGGAAAGGUGACAGAAAAGGUCCUGCAGGAGGACGUUCUGCCCUGGCUGCGGACGGCAAUACCGCAAAAAUGUGCAAGCUUGUCGUUAAAGCUGCGACGGCAAGACCAGACACAAAGGACUUCAACAGCUGGAGCUGGGAGGACCUUGCAGGAGGGGCAGAUGACGCUGCAGAGCCCUCCGGGCAGCGCAGACUUCUCAGAGCGAGGACAUGUCGUGGAUCCCAAGCGCAACUCAACCGAAGGACGAAGCAGUGGAUUUCGUCUCACAGAGUCCUUGAAGGAGGCUGGGGGUGAGUUUGGCCGUCCCACGGGGCUGGCGAAACGAUCGUGA